GGCAGGGGCCGCCGUCCACUCCGCCCCCCGGGGGACGCGAUUGGUCCCCGGGGACGGCGCCCAGGACCGUCAGCCGUUGCGUGGCCGUCACCGGCUGCACCACGUAGCACUGGACCGGCUCGGCCACCACGGCGGACCCCGUGCGGGUCGUCCGGUUCGUCUGGUUGGGAGGGACCCUGUAACGGACCGUGAGGCACGUAAGGACCAGCCGCUGUCUCGGUACUCAUCUUACCAAUAUCGCGAGACGCGCACUCGGCACGCGCUCACAGGGUAACCCGCCCACUGCCACCAACGCAAGUCUCGCGACACGAGAGAUCAGGCGAGAGGCGACGGCGGAGACGCGGCCGCCGGGAUCCGGUGGGGCUGACCGCACGGCGGCGGUCUGGGCAGCCUUUCCGGGCACCAUGCCGUCCCCCUUCUCGGUCACCUCUUUCCCCGUCAGCAUUCCCUCCGUGAUCAUGCAGACAGACUGGACCGAGCCCUGGCUCCUGGGCCUGGCCGCCUUCCACGUGCUCUGCCUGCUGCUCACCUGCCUCUCGUCCCGGAGCUACCGGCUGCAGGUCGGGCACUUCCUGUGCCUCCUGACGUUGGUCUACUGUGCUGAGUACAUCAACGAGGCGGCCGCCAUGAACUGGAGGUUAUUUUCAAAAUACCAGUAUUUCGAUUCGAGGGGCAUGUUCAUCUCGGUGGUGUUUUCGGUGCCGUUGCUCCUCAACGCCGUGGCCAUUGUGGUCAUGUGGGUGCGGAAGACGUUGAACGUGAUGACCGACCUGAAGAAAUUACAGGAGAAGGCGAGAGAGAGGAGAAGGAGAAGAAAAGAGCAGUGACGGCUCAGCUGCUCCGCUGUCCUGGGAGACUUCCCGCCGCCGCCGUUUGGAGAGCUGACGUGCACGCGGUGCUGCGCCCUUCUCCACGGCGGUCGGCAAAGACGACCGUUCACGGCGACUGUGUUUGAGCACAGCGGGCUGUGCUCGGGGACGCAGGCUGUCUUUCCGGUCGUCCGUGUAGCUCGGGUCCCUGCAGGAGGCGUGCUGCCCGACGGCGGCACCUCACCAGCAGCAGCGCCCAGGAUGGCGUCUCGGUCGGCCAGCACAGGCAGGCCACACCCUGAACCAGAGCCGGGCCAGCCGCACGGCCGCUCCAGGAACGAACCCACCUGGAGCUGAGGGGCCCUUCCUGGAGCUGGUUCUCGGAAGAGUCACUUGGCCAGCCGGGAGCUGGCGCCCGGCUGCAGCGCAUGGUGGGAGGCCCUGUGGCUGCAGCGUGGUGCUGGUGGGCAGGGUGGUUUCCUUCCUGGGUUGCCGCGUGGCUCUCCGCGUCCGAGGGGAGGAGCAGGGCAUAGCCGGUGCUGUGGCCCAGGGGUGCUGUCGACAGCUGAGCCCCUGCAUGCCUAGCAGCACCAGGCGCCCGCUCCGAACAGCAUCACCUGUGUCACAAACCGGUGGAUUUGAGAUCACAGAACCCCGGGCUACAGUGGCAGGCCGUCGAGUCCAGGUCCCACGGGAGGGAGCGGAGGAGCGCUCCGAGUUUGUUCUCCAGGACGCGAGGCCCACGGAGGGACCCGCGGCCUCCAGCCGGUUGGAGCGGAUCCUUCUGACGCACAGAGUGAGGGCGCGCCUUCCCGAGUCUCGGUGGCCGUGUUUUCCGAGUGGGUCACGGGAGCGAUGUCGCCAGUGUGUGGGGACAGGUGGGCGGGCACCCAGACUAGCCCGUCUCAAUGCCGGCGCCACGGGCGGACGGUCGGUCUUGUUCCUGCCCAGCUGGAGCCCCGGCGUGAGGACGACAGCUGAGGGGGGUCCACACUUUUAAAAACUGGCGAUUAAAAAAAUACGGUGAUUAAUAAAGGAAAGGCUGUUGGCUCUUGAUUUGGGUUUGAAAAAAUGAUUGUCUUAAUUUUGACUAGAUGCUUUUCCCUUAGUGAAACAUGGUCUUCAAAUUUCAAAAAGGAAAAAAAUGUCCUUAUGAACAUUGGUAUUCAGCAGCUGACACCUUGAUAGAUUCAGAUUAAAUCCUGAAGGUCAGAUAAUGUUUUUUUUUUUGUUU